AUGCAUCUAAGACAGGAACUCAAUGUGCUUAAACAAAUUUUGCCGAAUCUUAUUUACCCGGUUGGCUCAUUAUAUGUUUCAAUGAACUCUACCAGACCAGAAGUAGUACUUGGUUUUGGAACUUGGACUCAAAUAGUCGACAGGUUUUUGUAUUGUGCAAACUCUUCAAAGGAAACAGGUGGAAGUAAAACGAUUUCAGGUGAAAAUUUACCUGCACACAGUCACUACAUAGAUUUAAGUACAUCUCAAGCAGGUUGGCAUAAGCAUAGAUAUUGGGAUUGGUCAGGAAUGACAAAAGGUAAAGGAUAUGAUGUUAAAGACGAGGUUAAGUUUGCUAUAAAUUGUUACUGGAGUGACACUCAGGGAGAAGGAAACCAUACACAUUUCGUUUCGGGAUAUACGCAAACAACGGGACAAAGUAAAGAAUACAUGCCACCUUACAUGACAGUUUACGCAUUGUAUAAAAUUGCUUAG